AUGGCAGCCCCAAAAACAGCCGAGGAAGCAGCUAGCCAGAAUAACAUGAGAAAGGUACAACAAACAAUAGAUAGCCUCACAAAUAGAAAGUGUACCAGGAUACCAGUACAAGCAAUUAAAGAUCGUAAUGUUGCCAAACAGCAGGUUGUUGCCUACACACAAAAAUCGAAAAUCAAAAAUGAAACCCGUCACAUCCAAUUGGUUCGUGAAUAUGGCUUUCAUCCGCGCAAUAAAGCCACCGUCGAAGAUGGUGAUGUUCUGCCAAAGAAAUUUGAACCAUUUCCGGAGAAUAUGUACGGACGGCCACUGGAGGAAAUUGAUCAUUUCAUAUAUGAAGAGACAUUCUGUGUGGUUUCAAAACGUUUUCGCAAAAAUUACAUACAUCGAUUUACCGGCACCAAAAGUUUAUUUCUCUUCCAUCCAUGGAGUGCGGCGAGACGAAUAUGCGUCUAUAUAGCAACAAAUCAGUUCUUCGAUUAUUGUGUCAUGGCCACAAUAUUGUUUAAUUGCAUUUUUUUAGCCAUGACAGAGACAGUCGAAGAAGCUGAAUUUGUCUUCCUAGCGAUUUACACCAUUGAAAUGGUAAUCAAAAUCAUUGCCAAAGGCUUCCUGCUCAACAAGUACACAUAUUUACGGAAUCCAUGGAAUUGGCUGGAUUUUGUGGUCAUAGCAAGCGGUUAUGCAACCAUCGGCAUGGAUGUGGGCAAUUUGGCCGGUUUGCGUACAUUUCGUGUGCUGAGAGCCUUAAAGACUGUUUCCAUAAUGCCAGGUUUAAAGACUAUUAUCAAUGCACUAUUGCACUCGUUUCGUCAAUUGGCCGAGGUCAUGACGUUGACCAUAUUUUGUUUAAUGGUCUUUGCACUGUUCGCACUGCAGGUUUACAUGGGUGAACUGAGAAAUAAGUGUGUUAAAAAUGUACCAGAAGAUUGGGUCAAUACCACCGAUCUUGAAUGGAAAUUAUGGAUAAACGACACAGACAAUUGGUUGUACGAUGACGAGGAGCUGCCUCUGUUAUGUGGUAACUUAACGGGGGCACGUCACUGCCCCGAAGGCUAUACGUGCCUGUGUGUGGGCGAAAAUCCCAAUCAUGGUUAUACGAAUUUCGAUAACUUUAUGUGGUCGAUGUUGACAACUUUUCAGUUAAUCACCCUGGACUAUUGGGAGAAUGUGUAUAAUAUGGUGUUGGCCACUUCGGGACCGAUGAGUGUAUCAUUUUUUACAGUGGUUGUGUUUUUUGGUUCAUUUUAUUUAAUAAAUCUAAUGUUAGCCGUAGUUGCUCUAAGUUACGAGGAAGAAGCCGAAAUAACGAAUGAAGAACGUAAAAAAGACUUAAUGGAUCAUCGUGAUGAUUCAACAUUUAGCUUCGACCCGUCCGUUCUGAAUGUGAAAAAAUUAAAUAAAAACAAUAAAAAUAAUCCAAAUAUGUUGUAUCCCUCCGGCCAGCUGGUGCAUGCCGGCCGCCAAGGUAGCUCAAAUUCAGCCGGCGGUGGUGUGAAUCGUGAAUCAUCUCAGGAUGAUUCAGGUGUGGUGGACGAUCAUGAAGAACAAGAUAUAACAGCUUCCGAAGUGGUCAAUGUAACUGCCACCAAUAAUACGGUCACAUUAGCCCUGUCACCGCGUGAAGUUCGACUGAUAAAGUGCAAUGGAAAUAUAGCACGCAUUAAAAAGCAUAAUAUUUAUGCUUUACAUCCGGAAGAUUCUUCCGAAAUUGUUGUAAUCG